GCUUUCGAUGUUAUCACGACCUCCUACCUUCCUUCCAGUGGCCAAUUCUCCGACCCCAUCUAAAUGUUACCAAUGGUGGCAUGGCUGGCUUCUGUCAAAUCCAAGUUCUUCUGCAACAUCUACCCAUACUCCAUGUACGGGGCCGGUGGCCUCGUGAGACUGGACUGUGGCCUUCGGCUCAGCUUUGACGACUCACUCAAUGACCGAGUCAGCAACCUCAUCACGCAUAAGCUCGACGCAGUGUAUGCAGCGUUGGAGAAAGUUGGGUUCCCAAUAAAGAGGGUGGCCAUCGGCCAGAUCGGCUGGCCUUCUGCCGGAGAUGACAUCGAUGCCACCGUGACAUAAUGAGAAUCUGGUGGCAAUAGCCCAUGGAGUGACCACGGCCAAGCCUGAGGCCUACAUCUCGUGCAUGUUUAGCUCGUACAACUCGAGCGAGAUUCAAAAGCGCAAAGGUUUUCAGGAGCACUUGGGGCUCUUUGACCAGCACGACUUUCAACCCUUUUACCGAAGGCAUGAUGCGUAUGGCCAACCAGUCCAAGGUCUCCGAUACCAGCUCUAGUCCUUCACCAUGCUGCCCGAUUGCAGCCUGGUUCUGUACCACUGCCAGGCCUUUAUCUGGAAGAGUGGGAACGGCUGGAAGCGCUACUGAUUCUUAUCUGAUCAGGGGAGACGAAGGCAACGC